AUGAAUGAAGUAGUGGCAGCUAAUUCCGGUAAAUGUCUUCAGGAUCAGAAGACGUUGCUGCUACAGCUCAGAAAUAAUCUUACUUAUGAUUCUGAAAUAUCCACCAAGCUGGUGAAGUGGAAUCAGAGGAUUGACUGCUGUCGAUGGCAGGGCAUCACUUGCAAUGGUGCAGGUCAAGUUAUCGGUCUUGACCUUACUGAUGAAUUGUUCUCAGGCAGUAUCCAUCCGUUAGCAAAUCUUAAGUUUCUAUCUGUAAUCCGUGUUGAUGGGAACAAUUUAUCUGCUCCAAUUCCAGAGUUCUUCUUGGACUUAUCCAAUCUAACUGUCUUGAGUCUAAGAUCCUGCAACUUGAUAGGAGAAGCGCCUCAGAAGAUAUUCCAGGUACCAACUCUACAGACUAUUGACUUAUCACAAAAUGAAAUGCUUGGAGGUUCUUUACCUGAAUUUCCUUCAAACGGAUCUCUACAAACUCUGGUUCUAAGCAAUACAGGAUUCUCAGGAAGUAUACCCACGUCCAUUGAGAACCUUAGCAUAUUGGCACAUGUUGACCUUAGUUUAUGUAAUUUUACAGGUCCAAUUCCGUCUUCUAUGGUAAACCUAACCAAGCUUGUUUAUCUGGAUUUCGACCGGAAUAGCUUCACGGGUUCAUUUCCAUCUUUUAAGCUGUCCAAAAACCUCAGUUAUAUUAACUCAGCUGGAAAUUAUUUGACAGGAAUAUCAUCCGACUGGGAAGGCUUUGAGAAUCUUGAAGGACUCGACUUGAGUAACAAUUCUAUUUCUGGGCACAUUCCAGCAUCAUUGUUUUACCUACCCUCACUUUCAGGUUUAGAUCUGUCCAACAACAAAUUUUCUGGCCAAAUAACUGAACUACAAAAUGUGACUUCUCCACUAACAGAUCUUGACUUGAGUGCCAACAAAUUGGAAGGGCCAAUACCUGAGUUUUUCUUUGAGCUGCACGAUCUCUUAGAUCUUAAACUUUCAUCCAACAAUUUCAAUGGUACUGUGCAAUUCAAGAAGUUCACAGAGCUCAAUAAGCUUGUAAAUCUUGAUCUGUCCCACAACAGUUUAUCAGUUGACACAAAUAUAAGUGAAUCGGAACUUUCCUUGCUCCCCCAGCUGAACAGUUUAAUGAUGGGAUCAUGCAAUCUGCAGAAUCUCUCCUUCCUCAAGAACCAAUCCAGAUUGUCUAUGUUAGAUCUCUCAAACAAUAAACUUACUGGUGAAAUACCAAACUGGUUGGUGGAGAUCAAUGAUAGACUUCUCCGUUUUCUGAAUCUUUCUGUCAAUCAAUUCACGCAUUUUCAAGAACCUUAUAGAUUUGGCCUUCUUAAUUUCCUUGAUCUGCAUUCAAAUCUACUCACUGGGGUUAUUCCAUUACCACCACGUGCAGCUGCUUAUAUUGACUUCUCCAACAAUAACCUUGCUACUAUGAUACCGCCUGACUUUGGCAAUUAUCUUGUAACUGCUUGGUUCCUCUCAAUUGCAAACAACAAAGUUAUUGGCAAUAUUCCUUCUUCAAUCUGCAAUGCGCGCUAUCUUGAAGUACUUGAUUUGUCUAACAAUACUUUGAAUGGCACAAUACCGCCAUGUUUAGCAGAAAAGAGCAACACGCUGAAAGUACUGAACCUGAGAAAGAACAAUCUCACAGGAAAUAUACCUCGAGAGUUUUCUCAUAAUUGUCAAUUACAGACCCUUGACCUCAGUCAGAAUUACUUAACAGGUGAGCUUCCUCGUUCUUUGUCCAACUGUACAAAUCUUAAGCUAAUAAAUCUGGGAAACAACAAGAUCAAGGAUACCUUCCCCUGCUGGUUGAGGAACUUAUCCAAUUUGCGUGUACUUGCAUUACGUUUCAAUGGUUUCCAUGGGGACAUUGAGUGCUCUAGAGGGAGUUCCAAUUGGACAGCUCUUCAGAUAAUCGACCUAGCUUCCAAUAAUUUAGGGGGCAUUCUGCCCCCAAAUUCAUUCUUGGAGCUAAAUGCAAUGACUGUUGAUCCAGCUAUAGCGCAUUCACGCUUUGAUCACUUGUAUUUUGAGUCUGUAUCGGUUAGGCCAAUUUACUAUCAGGAUACAGUUGGUCUUUUUCUUAAAGGACAAAACGUUACUUUGGAAAAGAUCCCUGUUUUCUUCACCUCCAUUGACUUUUCAAGUAACAAUUUUGUGGGGGACAUACCAGAGACAGUUGGAGAUCUCAAAUCACUUUAUCUUCUGAAUAUUUCUCACAACAAUCUCACAGGUCAAAUCCCUCCAGCAUUUGGAAAUCUGAAGCAAUUGGGAUCACUGGACCUGUCAUUCAACAAGUUAGAUGGAAAUAUUCCAGAAAAGCUUGCUAGCCUCACAUUUCUUUCCUUCUUAAAUUUAUCAUACAAUGAACUGGUUGGAAUGAUACCACGAAGUACCCAAUUUGACACCUUUGCAGAAAGUUUCAUCGGAAACAAGGGGCUAUGUGGGUUUUUGCUUAACAUAACUUGCAAAAAUGAUUCGGCAGUGGCACCUUCAGAGCCAGAAUUUGAGGAGGAGAAACUAUUUUCAAGUACGGAGAUUUAUGUAAGCAUUAUAUUAGGGUUUGUUGUUGGCAUCGGGAUCAUUGUUCUACCACUUUUGUUCUCUAAAAGAUGGAACCACUUGUACAACAAACUAGUUGACAGAUUGAUUUUAAGGAUAUUUCAGCAGCAAGAUCAAGAUGGGAGAACUAGUAUAAGCAUUAGCGAAGCAUCUCGGAAGAAGGCAGCGAGGAAAUCAAGAGGCAGUCAUUAA